AUGGAAGACGCCUACGCCAGAUCUGUCACUGAGGUGCUUGAUUUCUUUGGGGUAGACCCAACAAAGGGUCUUUCUGAUGCUCAGGUUGAUCAUCACUCUAGGCUUUUUGGCAGGAAUGGAACUUCAUUCUGGAAACUGGUUCUGAAACAAUUUGAUGAUUUACUUGUUAAGAUAUUGAUUGUGGCUGCAAUCGUCUCUUUCGUAUUGGCUUUGGCCAAUGGAGAGACUGGGAUAACAGCAUUUCUGGAGCCUUUUGUAAUUCUGCUGAUAUUGGCUGCAAAUGCAGCGGUGGGGGUGAUUACGGAGACUAAUGCUGAGAAGGCCCUUGAGGAGCUACGUGCCUACCAAGCAAAUAUAGCUACAGUGUUGCGAAAUGGGUGCUUCUCUAUACUACCAGCAACAGAGCUGGUGCCAGGCGACAUUGUUGAAGUAACUGUUGGCUGUAAGAUACCAGCUGACCUGAGGAUGAUUGAGAUGUCUAGCAAUGAGUUCCGAGUUGAUCAAGCAAUUCUGACUGGUGAAAGCUGUUCUGUGGAGAAAGAUGUUGAGUGUACUUUAACAACAAAUGCUGUCUACCAAGACAAGAAGAAUGUUUUAUUUUCGGGAACUGAUGUGGUUGCGGGUAGGGGGAGGGCUAUUGUCAUUGGAGUUGGUUCAAACACCGCGAUGGGCAGCAUACACGAUUCUAUGUUGCACACAGAUGAUGAGGCAACUCCAUUGAAAAAGAAGCUGGACGAGUUUGGCAGCUUUUUGGCUAAGGUUAUUGCGGGGAUUUGUGUACUUGUGUGGGUUGUCAACAUUGGUCACUUCAGUGACCCUUCUCAUGGUGGAAUUCUUAAAGGCGCAAUUCACUAUUUUAAGAUCGCCGUUGCCCUUGCUGUUGCAGCUAUUCCUGAAGGACUUCCUGCUGUUGUUACAACGUGUUUAGCUCUUGGAACAAAGAAAAUGGCCCGUUUGAAUGCCAUUGUACGGUCAUUGCCAUCUGUCGAGACACUUGGUUGCACUACUGUAAUUUGCAGUGACAAGACUGGAACAUUAACAACCAAUAUGAUGUCGGUGUCUAAGAUAUGUGUAGUCCAAUCUGCAGACCGUGGUCCUUUGAUUAAUGAAUUCAAUGUUAGCGGGACAACUUAUGCACCAGAAGGUACUGUCUUUGACAGCAAUGGUCAGCAGCUUGACGUCCCUGCUCAGUCACCUUGCCUUCAUCAUCUAGCAAUGUGUUCAUCACUCUGUAAUGACUCCAUUUUGCAAUAUAAUCCGGACAAGGAUUCUUAUGAAAAAAUUGGAGAGUCAACUGAAGUUGCUCUUCGAGUUCUUGCAGAAAAGGUUGGCCUCCCUGGUUUUGAUUCAAUGCCUUCUGCUCUAAAUAUGUUGAGCAAGCAUGAACGUGCAUCAUACUGUAACCAUUAUUGGGAAAACCAAUUUAAAAAGGUUUAUGUUUUGGAGUUUACACGUGACCGCAAAAUGAUGAGCGUCCUAUGUAGCCAUAAACAAAUGGAUGUAAUGUUUUCAAAGGGUGCUCCAGAGAGUAUAAUUGCUAGGUGUACCAAAAUUCUCUGCAACGUUGAUGGUUCUGUUGUUCCUCUAACUGCUGCUGCCCGUGCAGAGCUUGAGUCGAGGUUCCAAAGUUUUGGAGAUGAAACAUUGAGAUGCUUAGCAUUAGCAUUUAAAGCAGUGCCCCAAGGUCAACAAAGUAUUUCCUAUGAUAAUGAGAACGACCUGACGUUUAUUGGGUUGGUGGGAAUGCUUGAUCCACCAAGAAAAGAAGUGAGAGAUGCUAUGCUUGCGUGUAUGACUGCUGGGAUACGUGUUAUAGUUGUAACCGGGGAUAACAAGUCCACAGCGGAGUCACUCUGUAGAAAAAUAGGGGCAUUCGACAAUCUGGCCGACUUUUCUGGUCAGUCUUACACCGCUUCUGAAUUUGAACGGCUUCCAGCGGUGCAACAAACACUAGCGUUGCGACGGAUGGCACUCUUUUCCAGGGUUGAACCUUCCCACAAGCGGAUGCUUGUUGAAGCCCUACAGAACCAAAAUGAAGUGGUGGCAAUGACUGGUGACGGCGUCAAUGAUGCCCCUGCAUUAAAGAAAGCUGACAUUGGGAUUGCUAUGGGUUCUGGAACAGCUGUUGCAAAGAGUGCUUCAGAUAUGGUUUUGGCUGAUGAUAAUUUUGCUUCAAUAGUUGCGGCUGUUGCAGAAGGAAGGGCUAUAUAUAAUAACACUAAGCAAUUCAUUAGAUACAUGAUCUCUUCAAAUAUAGGGGAAGUGGUUUGUAUAUUUGUGGCAGCUGUACUGGGAAUCCCUGAUACCCUGGCGCCUGUUCAACUUUUGUGGGUCAAUCUAGUAACGGAUGGAUUGCCUGCCACUGCCAUUGGAUUUAAUAAACAAGAUUCCGAUGUUAUGAAGGCAAAACCCCGAAAGGUUGGUGAAGCAGUGGUCACUGGGUGGUUAUUCUUCCGGUAUUUGGUUAUCGGAGUUUAUGUCGGUCUGGCAACUGUUGCUGGCUUCAUAUGGUGGUUUGUUUACUCUGAUGGUGGUCCUAAACUUACUUACAGUGAACUGAUGAACUUUGAAACGUGCGCACUUAGAGAGACAACUUAUCCCUGCAGCAUAUUUGAGGAUAGGCAUCCAUCGACUGUGGCUAUGACAGUACUUGUUGUUGUAGAGAUGUUUAAUGCUCUCAAUAACCUCAGCGAAAAUCAAUCCCUUCUGGUUGUAACCCCAAGGAGUAAUUUAUGGCUCGUUGGUUCAAUUAUCCUGACGAUGGUUCUGCACGUGCUAAUAUUAUAUGUUCAUCCACUGGCGGUCUUAUUUUCUGUCACGCCAUUGUCCUGGGGCGAGUGGACCGCUGUUCUGUAUCUUUCUUUUCCAGUUAUCAUCAUCGAUGAGCUUCUGAAGUUCCUGUCUAGAAAUACCGGCAUGAGAUUCAGAUUCAGAUUGAGGAAAAUUGAUUUACUCCCAAAGGACCGGCGUGACAAGUAG